CACGUCACUGGUCCGCCAGUCUACUUCCAGGGAUGAGAAGGUGAGAGUGAGUUUGCGGCCGUGUCCUGCUGGCUUAACACAGACCAAGUAUGUCGGGGGAGUGCGCACCAGAGAGACGGGAUUUGAAGGACAUGACAGUGGAACAGCUAUGGGAACUUAUCAAUGACAACAGGCACAAGAUUUCUUUGGAUGUGCACCCAUGCCGUGUGAUCCCGUAUCUGAGGCAGGCGAGGGUGCUGACCGAAAUGGAUGAAGAUGAGAUUCUGUCAUGCCACAAACUCUCCAAUCGCUCAAUGAGAACAAGCUACAUGCUGGACCUGCUGCGGACCCAGGGCCGAAAUGGAGCGGUGGCAUUACUGGACUGUUUGAUGAUCCACUAUCCCACUCUGUAUACCCAAGUGACCGGACACAAACCCAGCAUCGAGCCCUCACGCUUCAGUGGUCUGAUCAAGUACUCAGAGCUGACAGAGUACCUUGUCCGGGCCAUGACUGGGAUGCAGAAGGAGCUCACAGAGGCGCGUUCAGAGGCCAGCCGCAUGACCGCACGAUGCACCUCUCUGGAAGGAGAAAUCAAAGAAAUCAUGGAGCAGGAGGAGAAGACCAGAUACCUCCAGACAGAAAAUGAACGCAUGCAGAGGCAGAUAAGGACCUUACAACGAGAGAUCACCAAAAUGAAAGAUGAAAAAUGUGAUUUUUAUGUACGAUACACGUCUGCAAUAGAGGAGAAGUCUGCUCUCAACAUGCGCCUCCAUGACUUGACUCUGCAGAUGUACCAACUUCAAACAGAGUUGCAGAAAGCUCAAAGUGAGAAUGAAUACCAGAGGAGGUGCUCGCUAAGGUGCAUGUCAUCGCUAAACACCCCCCAGCUACAAGAGGAGGUGCGGAGUCUGCGCUGUCAGCUGGAGAAGGCAGAGAAACUAGACCCAGCCCGUAAUGACAUCUUGGCCCAGGACUUAGCUGAAGCCAUUGGGAGUCAGGCAGAACUGGCCCAGCAGCUCCAGAGCUACAGAGAGGACAACGAGCAGCUUCAUCAAGAAAACCAAACGCUGUUGGAGCAGAAGGAGUCCCUGGGUCUGCAAGUAGAGCAGCUGAGUCUGGAUUGUUCCAUGCACGAGCAGAAGGCUGCGGUGAUACAGGAACAGAUGAGAGAGCUACAGGAAGAGCGACAGCAGGCAUACCAGUCGAGAGACGAGGCCCAGGCCAUGAUCACUCGUAUCCUGAUGGAGAAGGACGGCCUCAGGUCACAGUUGGUCGAGCUGCAGGAGAGACUGUUGUCUAUGAAGGCCGUGCAUGUCUCCAGAGAGAGGAGAAAGAGCUCCGGUGAUUUGGGGAGCUGGGGAAAUCUGUCAUCCAGUGAGGAUUCUCCAUCUUUAGGUCGACGCAGACCACUGCGGCGCAUGGAUGCAAUAAUUCCAAUCUCUAUGAGCUCUCCCAUUUCUGAGGGUGAAGAUUUGGCAGCGUCCAGUGUUCGCUCUCGAAAUCCAGAGCCCCCCUGUUCAGAGUCUCUUCGUCGAAGGGAGGAGGAACUUCACCUGGACAACAGCCUGGAAAAUGCUGAAACUGAUUCUCUUUUUGAGGACUUUGUUUUCCUGCCUUCCACUGACCCCGAGGGCAAGCAGAGGUGUAAGAAUUCCUCUCAGGAUGGCACCAGCGAUGACAGUCCCUCUCAGACUUCGGCCCCUCCGUUCCUCUUGCGCUCUCGUCCCAAAGCCAUCCGCAUCAACGGCCGUGUCCUGACCAUCUCGUUCCAGGGAGAGACUCUGCUGCAGCAGCUGUCUGUGGUGGGCGGGAACAAGACCGGAGUGUUUGUGCACCAGGUGACCGAGGACAGCCCCGCUCACAUGGUCGGGAUCAACCCUGGAGCUCAGAUAGUAGAGGUGAAAUAUGAGCAGAAGGAAAAGGCCUUGAAAAUGGUCUUGGAGGAUUCCACUUUAGAGGAGGCGGUUUGGGCCCUGGGUCAAGUCACAGGCUUCUGCCACCUCUCUCUGCGUCCCAGGCCAGAUGACUACCAGGCCUUAGUCCAGCAGCUCCAGAGCAAUGAGAUUUCCUCUGGAGACUCCUUCUACGUGCGCGUGAACAUGUCCCUGUCCUCGGGCUGCGGCGGGACUCUGGCUGUGUCAUGUAACGACAUCCUCCAUGUCACAAACACAUGGCCGACAGGUGCUCCUGACUCCUGGGAGGCCAGUCAGGUGCACCCCUGUCAGCUGCUGCACCUCCACAGCGGGACCGUCCCAAACUACUUCAGAGCACAAGGACUUUUGAUCCGGGCACUUGAGGAUAUGACUUUCCAAACCAAGUCUCAAAAGUCUGGACGUGCAGUGCCCCAGAAACCAAGUGUCCGAAUUGUCAGCACUGGUCACCAGGGGAGGAAUCCUCUGUGGGUCAGCUUUGAAAACGAAGGGGGCCCAGAAUCUGGUGACACUACAGCCAAAGGUUGUGUUACCCUCAUGCCCUACACCCUGGUCACUCCACACUUCCCUCCUGUGUGCAGACCCAUACUACUCCUGCCCUCCAUUUUCGGGCGUGUCCUGGAAAAGAAGCUGAUUGGAUGGGAGGGGUUUCAGCUUCUGAAGCCUGAGAUACUGAGCCCAAGUGAGCAUGCCGCCCGACUACAGAAGUCUGAAAUACUGGAGGAGUGUGAACAACCAGAAAACUCAUACUAUACCACCCAGAGUGUUGAGAAAAUUAUGAAAAAGGGCAUUCACUGUGUGCUGCCCUUGGGUCUGGACUGUGUGCGGAGACUGCACAGAGCCGACAUUUACCCAAUCAUCAUCUUCAUUGGACAAAGUUCCCGCAGUGCUCACAAGCUCAAGUCCAAACUGCACAGACACGGACACUCCGAGGAGCAGCUGUUGGCCUGUUCUCGCAGUGAAGAGCCUCUUCUGGACAAACUGCCCUGUCUGUACCACAGCAUGGCCCCAGACUCCUGGUGCGACUACAGCUCCCUGCUGACCCACCUGCGCACUGUCAUCUGGGAGGAGCAGAAGAAGAUUGUGUGGGUGGAGCCUGACCUAUGGUGAACUCAAAGCAGGGACCAAAAGGAAAAUAUUUAUUAGUUUUUAGAAUAGGAUUUACAACAUGUUUGUAAAGUGCAGUAUGUAUCUAUGAUACUUGUGACAUGGUAUAUAACAUAAUGUUACAUCACUAUAGAGUGACAAGCUUAAAUGUGUAACACAUCUAAGAUUUUCUCUACCGUUUUUGGAUAUUUCAGCAUUACCAGCUGACUGCUGCUUCUUCUCUUUUUAUAUUUACAGCAGCACAAUGUAGCACUGUCUUAACACUUUAUACAAAGGUACAUAACAUGCAUUAAAAUAAUGUGUUUAUCAUGUGG